AUGUCGGAACACAUUUCCCUGGGAAGGCACCGGGCACAGACAGCGCUGCCUUUCCCCGACGAGCGGCAGCGAGAGACGCGGCUCCCCCUCCAUCCGAGCGGGCACCGCAGCCCCACCAUCGGUUCAGCAUCCCCCGGGACACAGAGAGCCACCCCAGCACUGUCAGGGAACCACCCCGCGGGGGACGGCGGCGGCGGCGGACAGCGGUGGCCGCCCCCCUCACCGCGGGACGCGCUGCUGAUGGCCGUGGCCAACCUGAACGGCGUGCCCGGGCUGCUGCCCUACAACCUGUCCCUGGAGGUGGUGAUGGCGAUCGAGGCGGGGCUGGGCGACCUGCCCCUCUUCCCCUUCUCUUCGGCCAGCGCYUCGUGGAGCAACGACCCCGUCUCCUUCCUGCAGAGCCUGUGCCACACCGUGGUGGUGCAGGGGGUCUCGGCCAUCCUCGCCUUCCCGCAGAGCCGUGGCGAGAUGCUGGAGCUGGACUUCAUCUCGGCGGCGCUGCGCAUCCCGGUGGUCAGCAUCGUGAUGGGAGAGUUCCCCCGGCGGAGCCUGAACCCCCUUCACCUGCAAAUGAGUUUAGAAAACUCGCUGAGCUCCGAUGCCGACGUCACUUUCUCCAUCCUCGCCAUGAACAACUGGUACAACUUCAGCCUGAUGCUGUGCCAGGAGGAGUGGAACAUCACGGAUUUCCUCUUCCUCACGCAGCAGAGCUCCAAGUUCCACCUGGGAUCCAUCAUCAACAUCACAGCAAACCUCACCUCCACCAGCGACCUUCUGAGCCACCUGAGGUUUUACCUGGAGAGCAUCAAAGACACGACGUCCACCAUGGUGAUGUUCGGCUGCGACAUGGAGAGGACGCGGAGGAUUUUCGAGAUAACCACGCGGUUCGGGGUGAUGCCUCCCGAGCUGCACUGGAUUAUUGGGGAUUCACAGAACGUGGAGGAGCUGAGGACAGAAGGUUUGCCCCUCGGUCUCAUCGCCCACGGCAARACCACGCAGCCGGUCUUCGAGCAUUACGUGCAGGAUGCCAUGGAGUUGGUAGCCAGGGCUGUAGCAGCGGCCACCAUGAUCCAGCCUGAGCUAGCUCUCAUUCCGAGCACCAUGAACUGCAUGGACACAGAUGAAAGGAAUAUCACUUCAGGGCAGUAUUUGUCAAAGUUUUUAGCCAACACAACUUUUGACGGUCUCAGCGGCCGCAUUAAGGUGAAGGGCUCCUCCAUCAUCAGCUCRGAAAACAACUUCUUCAUCUGGAACCUGCAGCACGACCCUGUGGGGAACCCGAUGUGGACGCGCCUGGGGAGCUGGCAGGAAGGGAAGAUCGUCAUGGACUAUGGGAUAUGGCCAGAGCAGGCUCAGAGACACAAAAGCCACCUGCAGCACCCCACCCGGUUGCACCUCAGGGUGGUCACUCUGAUUGAGCAUCCCUUCGUCUUCACCAGGGACGUGGAUGAUGAAGGGCUUUGUCCAGCGGGGCAGCUGUGCCUGGACCCKCUGACCAAUGACUCAGGUGUGCUGGACAACCUGUUUGAAACCCUCCAGGGGGGCAACGACACCGUCCCCAUCGAGCUGAAGAAGUGCUGCUAUGGUUACUGCAUUGACCUGCUGGAGAAGCUGGCGGAGGACAUGAAUUUUGAUUUUGACUUGUACAUUGUUGGGGAUGGAAAAUACGGUGCCUGGAAGAACGGCCACUGGACAGGGCUGGUGGGAGACCUUCUUGCUGGCACCGCUCACAUGGCAGUGACCUCAUUCAGCAUCAACACUGCCCGAAGCCAAGUGAUUGAUUUCACCAGCCCUUUCUUUUCCACCAGCUUGGGGAUCCUGGUGAGGACCAAAGACACCGCAGCUCCCAUUGGAGCCUUUAUGUGGCCACUUCACUGGACUAUGUGGCUGGGGAUAUUCGUUGCUCUUCACAUCACAGCUAUUUUCCUCACCUUGUAUGAGUGGAAAAGUCCUUUUGGAAUGACCCCUAAGGGAAGGAACAGGAACAAAGUGUUCUCCUUCUCCUCCGCCCUCAAUGUCUGCUACGCGAUCCUGUUUGGGAGAACAUCUGCCAUCAAACCCCCCAAGUGCUGGACUGGAAGGUUUUUGAUGAAUCUCUGGGCUAUUUUCUGCUUGUUUUGUCUGUCGACCUACACAGCCAACCUGGCUGCUGUCAUGGUGGGAGAGAAGAUUUAUGAAGAACUUUCUGGAAUACACGACCCAAAGCUCCACCACCCAUCCCAAGGGUUCCGUUUUGGCACGGUGAGGGAGAGCAGCGCCGAGGAUUACGUGCGGCAGAGCUUCCCGGAGAUGCACGAGUACAUGCGGCGCUACAACGUCCCCGCCACCAACGACGGCGUGGCCUUCCUCAAGCAUGAUCCAGAGAAACUCGAUGCCUUCAUCAUGGACAAAGCACUCCUGGAUUAUGAAGUGUCCAUAGACGCCGACUGCAAACUCCUGACGGUGGGAAAACCCUUCGCCAUUGAAGGAUAUGGCAUCGGCCUCCCCCCCAACUCCCCACUCACCUCAAACAUCUCUGACCUGAUCAGCCAGUACAAAUCCCACGGCUUCAUGGAUGUUCUGCACGACAAGUGGUACAAGGUCGUUCCCUGCGGCAAAAGAAGCUUCGCCGUCACGGAGACACUGCAGAUGGGGAUAAAGCAUUUCUCAGGGCUCUUCGUGAUGCUGUGCGUUGGCUUCGGCUUGUCCAUCCUCACCACCAUCGGGGAGCACAUCGUGUACAGACUGCUGCUGCCACGRAUCAAGAAAAAAUCCAAGAUGAGGUACUGGCUCCACACCAGCCAGAGRUUACAUCGUGCUCUGAACAGUUCAUUUAUUGAGGAAAAACGUCCGCCUAAGAAAAAACGAGUAGAAAAGAGGGCCCACGUAGGGAACAGCCAGCAUGAGGUGUGGAACACAGCCAACCUGGGCAACUGCCACCGCAAAAAAUACAUCUGCACCGACGAGGGGCAAAACGAGGUGAUAAUCCACCAGCACCAGGACAUGCCCCUGCCACAGGGGAGGAGAGAAACUCCGCCUUCCCUGACCACCAACGGGAAAGCAGAGUCCCUCAACACUGCCAGGACCUCGGUGCUGCAGGAGCUGACSGAGCUGGACAAGCAGAUCGAAAUCAUCAAGCAGGAGCUGCAACUCGCCAUGGACAGGAAAUCAGAGCUGGAAGAGUUUGCGAGGACAAACAGGACUGCAGAGGCCUAGCCCGACGCAUCUGGGCCCUCCCUUCCCCCUUUUCUUCCUUUGUUCCCUUUCCUCUGUAAAAUUUGUAACACUCUUUUGUAAUGCCAGAAAGGGGUGUGAAAAUAAAGCAGGCAAURAGCUCUGCAGGAGAGCAGAAUUGCAGCAGCCCACAGCCACUGCCACCCUCCUGAGUCCUCCUCCUUUCACAGUUUCUUAUUCUCCUGGAAAACACCAGCUAUUCCCAAGGGUCUGGAGAAACAAGGAGCAUCCCAGCUGCGGGAGUUCCUCGUUCUUCCACCAGUACAGUGUGGUUCCACUUUUUUAGCCCUUUCUGUGCAUUAAUUCAAAAAAAAAAAAAA